GUACUUCGUACUUAACAGAUAUAGUAUGGUGGUCUGGCACUAUUGCAAUGGCUCUGGGUCAAAUAGGGAAUUUCUUGGCAUACACAGCAGUCCCAACUGUGCUAGUGACGCCAUUGGGAGCUCUUGGCGUUCCAUUUGGGUCUAUUUUAGCUUCUUACUUACUGAAAGAAAAACUGAACAUUCUUGGCAAGCUGGGAUGUUUGCUGAGCUGCGCUGGGUCUGUUGUUCUCAUCAUCCAUUCCCCAAAGUCCGAGAGUGUAACGACUCAGGCUGAGCUUGAAGAGAAGCUUACAAAUCCAGUUUUCGUGGGUUAUCUCUGCGUAGUGCUGCUAAUGCUUCUCCUGCUUAUCUUCUGGAUAGCUCCAGCUCAUGGACCUACUAAUAUCAUGGUUUACAUCAGUAUUUGCUCUCUGUUGGGCAGUUUUACUGUUCCCAGCACAAAAGGCAUUGGGCUGGCUGCUCAAGAUAUCUUUCACAAUAACCCCUCAAGUCAAAGGGCCCUAUACCUCUGUCUGGUACUUCUGGCAGUAUUAGGAUGUAGCAUUAUCAUUCAGUUCAGAUACAUCAAUAAGGCACUGGAAUGUUUUGACUCCUCUGUGUUUGGUGCCAUCUACUAUGUUGUGUUUACCAGCCUAGUCCUGCUGGCUUCAGCCAUCCUUUUCAGGGAAUGGAGUAAUGUAGGAGUGGUAGAUUUCCUGGGAAUGGCUUGUGGAUUCACCACAGUAUCUAUUGGAAUUGUUCUUAUACAAGUCUUCAAGGAAUUCAACUUCAAUAUCGGGGAUUUAAAUAAACCUAACAUGAAGACAGAUUAA